AUGAACAACUUCUAUCAGUUCAAUUCCCCCGACGGCAUAGCUCUCAACCAACAACAGGGCAACAUGAUGAUGACCCAGCAGCAACAGCAGCAGCAGCCUUGCGAUCUCAUGCCACCUCCCAUGAAACGCCCAAGUCAGAGGAACGACUUUCCCGCGACCACCAUGCCCAAGGCAUCCUUGCCGGCUCGGAUAGUGAGCCGCAGUGAAAGGCAAACAUCGAUUGGCAGCUUUGGAAGCUUGCCAGAUUUUGGAUUGACCGACGAUGGUGUGUUCCCCGCGGAUGACACACCAUUGUCCUUAAAGGACAACUCCUCUUCUUGCUCCAAGAAGUCAGGCACUGAAGAAACCCUCGUGCUCGAGCCCAACCAGAUCUUUGAUGCUCCAACCCACGGUCACAGCAACUGCAGCAGCCACAACAACAACAACAGAGCUGUCAGCAACGGCUCAUUGGAUGGCGGCGCACACAGCAGUUCACACGACCACCAAGAGGAGGACCGAAGAACACUGCUGCACCGGGCUUGCAUGAAGUACCCGCGUAAAAAGGCUGUCAUCCAGGCAGUCUUGCAAAAGGAUCCCUCCGCGGUCCUCCGAAGAGCGUUUGUUCCCGGGUGUUGCCACAAGAGCAAGACUGACACCAACAGUAAUAGUAAAGGACAUCUCCCCAAGGACUGUUAUCAGCUACCCAUCAACAUUGCUCUGUCCCACAAGGCCAGCCUGGAGGUGCUCGACCUCCUCGUCAAGACGGAUCCAUCCCAACUGACGGCCAAGGAUGGCAUCCACGGAGCCAAUGCUCUGUGCUUGGCGCUGGAAAAACGACCCAACGAUGUGGCUGUACUGGGCAUGUUUUUGGUCACCAACCCCGACUUGGUGCGUCAACCGUGCGAUAACUAUCAGAACACACCGCUGCAUGUGGCCUGCCAACGAGGCUCUUCCGUGCCCAUUGUCCGGCAACUGUUCAAACUGCAUCCCGCUUCCUUGCUGCAACGCAACGAAAGUGGCAAGACACCCAUGGAUAUCUUGCAACAGCAAGCACAAUACAGCAAGACUGCCAAGGCCAGUCUCGAUUACUUGCAACAAAAACUACAGGGGCAAACUGGAGGAAACUAA